UGCAGGCAGCAGCAGCAGCAGCAUCCUGGCUUCCUUGUGUGUGUGGUGGCCCUAACAUGGCCGACGCUGCCGUCUCCUGCCUAUCAUGAGUGUCAACCAGGAUACAUCAGGAUACGUUAACAAUUCACAGGGUAAAAUACACACGCAGAACGCCGACCUACUUUCACUGCUUACAGAAAAUUCCAGUGACAGUUUGACCCAGAAGUCCACUUUCACAGACACUCACAGAAGCCAAAGGAACAGUAAGGCUCCUUUAGACGCAAAUAACAAUUCGCAAAGUGAACAAGGGUCUCCUUUAGAGGAAGAUACAGAGAGUGUUGGUAGACAAUCCCAGACAUCGCAGGUUGUAUCAUAUAGACGGGACUAUCCCCAACCGAAACCCAGUGCACUCCUCCCAUCAGCUCGAGCUCCUUCCACAGAUAUAAAGGACGCGGGAAGGUCGAGUUCGACUAGUGUGUAUGCUGUAGCGAAUCCUGAUAUACUCAGAGCUUCAGGCCUCACACCUACUCAGCCAAAUCAGUACUUUCCCAGAUAUGUUUCUCUCAAGUCCAGAUCUCAGGAAACCCAGCUUACUUCUGCUGCUGUAGCAGAGGAGGAAGAAACCACACCGACACCGAAGUCAAAUAGUGCGUCUCCAACGCCAAGGUCAGACACUGCGUCUCCAACGCCAAGGUCAGACACUGCAUCUCCAACGCCAAGGUCAGACAGUGCCUCUCCAACGCCAAGGUCAAAUAGUGAAUCGCCAACGCCAAGAACAAAUAGUGUUUCUCCUACAAAAGAAGCAGCUCCUGUGUCUGUGCAGUCAGGCUCCAAAUUAAUCCAUUUUCCUGACUCCCUAGAGUUCACAGAGACUGACCUAGAGAAACAUUUAACGUCCUUGUCUCCAGAUCCAGAGGCUGAGAGUCGAGAUCGAGAUCCAUCUCCAGCCAAGACUCCAUCUGUUGUUGUUCAAGAGAACACUUUUGAUGACACCCCAAAACACAAGGACAAGGUUGAAAUAGAUAAAAACUUUCUGCAAGUUCCUGUCAGAAAGUCCUCAGCCGGAAGCCCAGAAUCGGGAGAGUCCCGUGUGGGAAGUACAGGGAGGACUGCUGACUCAGCAGAUUCCAGCAGGAGUAAAGUUUUUCUGUUAAGGAAUGAGUCACAGAAUACUAUGAGUGCAGCUAGAAACCGGAAAGUUUACGUGGAAUCUCCAGCUUUCACUCGUGAUGAAGAAGAUGAGUUCCGAUUUGUGAGUAGUCGCGUUGAUGAUUACCAGGAUAUGAGUGACACCUACAGGCAGCUUGAUGAAUCAACUGUCCAAAACAAAUCCAAGAAGAAGAGUAGUGGCAAACACGUGCGGUAUCAGGAUAGCGAUAGAUUUGAAGACAAAAACCAGCUUGACCUUGAGGAAGAUGCGAGGGCUGCUCACAGGUCAAGUCAAGGUCAUGAUGUAACUUACAAGUCAGCUUUAAGAAAUCCAAAUCGACAAGAAUCUGUGUUGAGCCCUGCUAAGGGUUUAGUUCUUCCAGACAAGCCAACAUUUGACCCAAGAGAUGAAGAAGAGCUGGACCGUGAGUCCAAAUAUCAGGAUGUGUUGAAACAAAGAAUACAUCAGAGCGGACAGACAUUAGAAAGUGCGGAAAUCCCUAAAUUACCUUUAUCCCCUGACACGGAUCAUGACUUCAUGCAAGAUUCUCUAGAUAUGGCUGGAGAUAAUUACCGUGAGGGCCGAGGCAGUGGACCCCGUGAUUCCAUGGAACUGUACCCAGGGCAAUCUGAUCGAGGUGUUGCCCCGAGAUAUGGACAGAUGGAGAACACCACAUGGAGGAACCCACCUCCCCAGCCUUUCUCGGCCCCUCCUUUCGAGGCGGAGAAGGAGGACGUAGGGGGUCAGUUCCAUAGACAAAAUGCUGUGGAUGGGUACACCUCAGAAACAGACUACCGCCAUCAACAACGGAGAGAUGACUACCCGGAACCUCCAAGUGAACCUCCCUUCUAUCCACAGGAACAUCAAGGAUAUCAAAAGCAUCCCAAUCAACUUUCAGGUCGGACAUACCAAGCCCAGCCUCAGUAUUAUGAGCCAUCUCCUCAAGGGCAGCGAGACUACCCUCAUCAACAGCAGUUUCCGACCUCUGGUUACUAUGACAACAAUCAAGGAUACCCACAACGGAAUCCUCAUGUUUCUUCCUUUAUCCCCGAGGAUAGAAUUCAUCAAUCAUAUGAUUCAGAAUCAAGUUAUCGUCCUCAGUACAACGAAUAUGAACAAGCUAAUCCUAAUGGCGAUUACAUGUACUAUGAUGAUGCAAAUGGUAGGCCUGAGAAUGGUCAGUAUGACAACAGACCUGAGUUGAGAGGAGGAUACCCCAACCAGAAUAGAGUUGAUCGAUAUGUGAAUGAAAAUGUGGAACCAAAGAUGGAAAUGUCAAGUCCACAGAGGCCCAUGUAUGAUUAUGUCACAAAUAACAGGUUUGACUACGGACGCCAACCACCAAAGUCUUACAAGCAAAUCAGAGAUAUCAAAAGGGAGGAAAAGUCCAAAUUAGAUACUUUUUUCAUCAAACCCAAAGUGAAGCCUAAACAUGAUGAGGCAGGGCAGUCGUCUGCUCGGACUGUGAACUCUUUAGAUGGAGCAGACGCACACCGCCCUCCCAGACCAUUGAAUCAGAAACCUGCCUCAGCUGAAGAUUUGUGGGCCCAGAGAGCUGCUAAACUGCAGCAGAGGUCGGCCGGGAAACAAGGCACAAAGAAGAAGCCUGGAUCAAAGCUUGUCAAAUAUCCCAGUGACAGUGGGUUGUCUGCCAACCCCAAAGUACCGUUACCCCGUCCAGCCUUCCUGCCUCAAGCUGUGAAUUCAGGUCCACAUAACUAUGCCUCCCCUCCACACUCGUUCCCAUCCUCCCCCCAGAGGCGCCCCCUGGAGCUGAAGCCGAUAUCGCAGGAAGUGAUAACAUCAGAUGGUCAAAGGAUAAGUGUGGACGUCAACCUGAAGCUUAUGUCUCCACCACCAGCGCAUCACCAUUCGGACGGCUACCUGAACAAACAGGCCUACAUACAGGACGUCACUGACCCAGUCGGUCAAGCUGGACAUCAGUACAUGGACCAUGUCAACCAGCAGGUGAGUGAGUUGAUGCUGUGUGUUCCAGAACAAUAUACCAGCUUUGUCACAGUGGCCAGCAAAUGUUCUCCGCCAUUCCAACAGUGA